AUUUACAGCUUCUGAUAGCAAUGGAUUUUAAAUAUCUUGCUAUCCUUACAUUCGUCGUGAUAUCAUUCGAUGUUACAUCAGCAACAGGAAAAUCUCCAUGAUGUCUGAAUGUGCAAACUAUGAGUUAAACCGUCGAUAUCAAAUGCGCAUUGCCGGGAUGGUAAAAAGGGACCCAGCGCUCAUAAAAAAAAAGAUUGAAAUUAAAUCUCAGUAUGCCAACGAUAAACCAGCCUUUGCUUUUGAACAAACGGGAGAUCGAAUUGCUGGUUACUUACCUAACGAAAAUUUGAAAAAUCUCAGCAA